AUGAAAACAACUUCUUCAUUGGUGGUUAUUCUCCUCGUUGUACUGACCUUUCAAACUAACAAACUAGAGAGUGUGAAUGUCCGUUCCACUGAUCAAGACGCAGUCAAGAACAUCAACAACAACACUGAUAAAGAUAGCACAACCACCGAAAUAGUUCUCAAGGACAAGAAAAGAAGUUAUGGAGGAGGAAGCGGGAGCUAUAGAUGGGGAUGGGGUGGUGGCGGCGGUGGAGGAGGAGGUGGUGGUGGUGGUGGUGGCGGAAGAGGAGGAGGAUGGGGAUGGGGAGGAGGCGGAGGUGGUGGAGGAUGGUAUAAAUGGGGUUGCGGCGGAAGAGGAGGAAGAGGAAGAGAAGGAAGAGGGGAAUUUGUGAAAAGAGAGUACGCGGAGUGUAAGGGAAGAGGAAAAUGUAGUGGAAAGAGAUUGGAAUGUCCACAGCAUUGUGGAGGUUUUUGUUUUUACGAUUGUCUCUUUCUUUGCAAACCUCAUUGCCGUCGCUAG